AUGUAUGAGUAUUCGUAUAAUAUUACUAAGUCAUAUCCAGCAGCACCAGGUGUAAAAACAACGAUUUUCUACAACUCUGGAAUUGCUACAACAGAUGUUUUAGAUGUUAAUAAAGGAUGGGACAAACUUCCAAAGGAAUAUAAAGCCCUUGGAGAUGAAAAGAUUCCAGCUCAUGGUAUUGAAUGGGUCUGCAACAAUUGGACAAACGUAAAUUGUUUAGAUUUCAAAAUGUCUCAUAAAUCAUAUGAACACCAAUCUUUGGUUAGUAACAAGAGGGUUAUUGAUGUAAUUUAUAAUACAACUAACCAUUUACCAUUUAUUCCAAAGAAGAAUGAAAAAACUAUUAACUAUGAAUUUACUAUUCUUUAA